CAAAAAAUAAAAAAAAGAUACAUAAAUGCAUUAAGAAGAUACUUUGGUGAAUAAAAGACACACAUCAAAUCAUAAGUUACACAUCAAAGAUAUUUUUACAAUAUCUAACAACGAAUUUAUAAAUAAGAAAAAUUAUACAUACAUAUCUUCAACUAUCAAACAACCUAAAGUGAGACUACCUACUUGAAUUAACCUCAUAGCUUGUUCAUGCAUAUUUAAUUUGUCACUGGUUAAGAUUAUUUAUUUGCAAAAAUUAUGCGUGCACACACUAAUACCGGUUCAAUGAGCUUCCCAAAUUUAUGAAUUUCUUAUUAGAUUUUGUUUAACUAUUGCCGAUUAUAAAUUGAUGAGAUAUCGCAGUUGUAAGUCAUUAAGUCUCUAGCUUUCAACAGUCUAGCACUACCAAACACACCAAAAAAAUCUCAACAUGAAAUUCGUCAUUGUUUUCGUUGCUCUUUUCGGUUUGGCUUUGGCCGCUCCACCAUCCGCAUCCGGAGAAGCUUCCAUCGUCCGUUCAGACUCUGAAGUAGGACCACAAAGCUACAACUACGCUGUUGAAACCAGCGAUGGCAAGUCUGCCAGCGAAGAAGGUCACAUUGAAAACCUUGGAGCCGAAGAUGAGGCUAUCGCAGUCAAGGGUCAAUUCAGCUACAUCGGUGAUGAUGGUGUCACCUACCAAGUCAGCUACAUCGCCGACAAGAACGGUUUCCAACCCUCAGGUGCUCAUUUGCCAGUUGCCCCAGAAGUUUAAGCUAUAAUUGACUUCUUGUGAUCUGUUUAAACUGCCUGUUUCUGUCUAUUUGUUGUGAAAAUUCGUAUCAGUCACUGAAAGAAUUACCAAUGAUAAGACUU